GUCGCUUUAGCUGACCAAGGAAGGAAGGAAGGACAGUAUAGAAAAAGAAGGAAGGAAGGAGAGAACCUGAAAGGAGGAGGAGGAAAAGGAGGAGGAGAAGAGGUAUUUUAAUGAUUUCUUACUGAGACGACAUCAAUGUGGGGUCAUUCCUUCUAAAAUCUGGUCCUGUAGGUGUUCGUAUAUGCUUCCGCGCCUCACAUCAACCAUUUACGAAGACCCAAAAGGGGAUAGAUCGGGUUCUCUAUGAGUGUUUUAUCAGGUUCAUGGUACAGGGGAAGGGUCAGACUACCACCAGGGUCAUUGAAGUACCCCUGGAUAUCCCCCAAACUCCUAGGAAAGCCUUGUGAAACAUGUGCUUGGGUGACGAGGGGUUCAAGGUUAUGACCCUCGCUUGACUUUUCCGCCUCUCACAUUAAGAGUGUUUUAUCAGGUUCAUGGUACAGAAGAGUGUGUUUUAUCAGGUUCAUGGUGCAGAGGAAGUGUCAGACUACCACCAGGGUCAUUGAAGUACCCCUGGAUAUCUCCCAAACUCCUAGGAAAGCCUUGGGUGACGAAAGGGUAGUCUCUUCCACCUCUCAUAUCAAGAGUGUUUUAUCAGGUUCAUGGUACAGAAGAGUGUGUUUUAUCAGGUUCAUGGUACAGAAGAGUGUGUGUUAUCAGGUUCACGGUACAGAAGAGUGUUUUAUCAGGUUCACGGUACAGAAGAGUGUUUUAUCAGGUUCAUGGUGCAGAAGAGUGUGUUUUAUCAGGUUCAUGGUACAGAAGAGUGUUUUAUCAGGUUCAUGGUACAGAAGAGUGUUUUAUCAGGUUCACGGUACAGAAGAGUGUGUUUUAUCAGGUUCACGGUACAGAAGAGUGUGUUUUAUCAGGUUCAUGGUACAGAAGAGUGUUUUAUCAGGUUCACGGUACAGAAGAGUGUGUUUUAUCAGGUUCAUGGUACAGAAGAGUGUGUUUUAUCAGGUUCAUGGUACAGAAGAGUGUGUUUUAUCAGGUUCACGGUACAGAAGAGUGUGUUUUAUCAGGUUCAUGGUACAGAAGAGUGUGUUUUAUCAGGUUCAUGGUACAGAAGAGUGUGUUUUAUCAGGUUCACGGUACAGAAGAGUGUUUUAUCAGGUUCAUGGUAUAGAAGAGUGUGUUUUAUCAGGUUCACGGUACAGAAGAGUGUGUUUUAUCAGGUUCAUGGUACAGAAGAGUGUGUUUUAUCAGGUUCACGGUACAGAAGACUGUUUUAUCAGGUUCAUGGUACAGAAGAGUGUGUUUUAUCAGGUUCAUGGUACAGAAGAGUGUGUUUUAUCAGGUUCAUGGUACCGAAGAGUGUGUUUUAUCAGGUUCAUGGUACAGAAGAGUGUGUUUUAUCAGGUUCAUGGUACCGAAGAGUGUGUUUUAUCAGGUUCACGGUACAGAAGAGUGUUUUAUCAGGUUCAUGGUAUAGAAGAGUGUGUUUUAUCAGGUUCACGGUUCAGAAUAGUGUGUUUUAUCAGGUUCAUGGUACAGAAGAGUGUGUUUUAUCAGGUUCACGGUACAGAAGAGUGUGUUUUAUCAGGUUCAUGGUACAGAAGAGUGUUUUAUCAGGUUCACGGUACAGAAGAGUGUGUUUUAUCAGGUUCAUGGUACAGAAGAGUGUGUUUUAUCAGGUUCACGGUACAGAAGAGUGUUUUAUCAGGUUCAUGGUACAGAAGAGUGUUUUAUCAGGUUCACGGUACAGAAGAGUGUGUUUUAUCAGGUUCACGGUACAUAAGAGUGUGUUUUAUCAGGUUCAUGGUACAGAUGAGUGUGUUUUAUCAGGUUCAUGGUACAGAAGAGUGUGUUUUAUCAGGUUCAUGGUACAGAAGAGUGUGUUUUAUCAGGUUCAUGGUACAGAAGAGUGUGUUUUAUCAGGUUCAUGGUACAGAAGAGUGUGUUUUAUCAGGUUCAUGGUACAGAAGAGUGUGUUUUAUCAGGUUCAUGGUACAGAAGAGUGUUUUAUCAGGUUCACGGUACAGAAGAGUGUUUUAUCAGGUUCAUGGUACAGAAGAGUGUUUUAUCAGGUUCAUGGUACAGAAGAGUGUGUUUUAUCAGGUUCAUGGUACAGAAGAGUGUGUUUUAUCAGGUUCAUGGUACAGAAGAGUGUGUUUUAUCAGGUUCAUGGUACAGAAGAGUGUGUUUUAUCAGGUUCAUGGUACAGAAGAGUGUGUUUUAUUAGGUUCACGGUUCAGAAGAGUGUGUUUUAUCAGGUUCAUGGUACAGAAGAGUGUGUUUUAUCAGGUUCACGGUACAGAAGAGUGUGUUUUAUCAGGUUCAUGGUACAGAAGAGUGUUUUAUCAGGUUCAUGGUACAGAAGAGUGUGUUUUAUCAGGUUCAUGGUACAGAAGAGUGUGUUUUAUCAGGUUCAUGGUACAGAAGAGUGUGUUUUAUCAGGUUCAUGGUACAGAAGAAGGGUCAGACUACCACCAGGGUCAUUAGACUAGCCCUGGAAAUGCCCCUCACAACUCCCACAAAAGAAAUGUUUGCAUGCCAGCCCUGCCGCCGAACAGGACACAUAAACAACAGCGGUGAGGGAAAUGUAGAAGACUUAUGCAAGUUGAACCUCUCCUGCUUGCUGCUUCCCACAACACAACCUACUGCUGAGGAUCCGGGUUGGUGGCUAUGGUUAAGUGGAAGGAAGAGGCGGUUGCGGGCACGGUCAAGGCUGCGAGGGUGUUGGUUGCUUGAUGGUUUAUGGUUGCAAGGUUAUACAGCAAAGGAGACACAGGGUUUGGUUCGCCCGCUGACAGACUCGGGUGCAGGACUGUCAAACUGGACCCUCUGGAGAGAAAGGAAAGAAUUAAAAGAAAAAUUGUAAGAAAAAAUGAAGAAAGACAUAGAGAAGUAGCGGUAGAAAACAGACACCCUCGCCAUAGACCGAUAGGUCUUCUGGUGUCUAUUCUUCCUAUGUAUUCCUAUGUAUCGACUCCUCCUCCUCCUCCUCCUCCUUCCCUUCUUCUUUUACUUCUUACUUAUCUUCUCCUCCUCCUCCUUCCCUUCUUCUUUUACUUCUUACCUAUCUUCUCCAUCUCCUCCUCCUCCUCCUCCUCCUUCCCUUCUUCUUUUACUUCUUACUUAUCUUCUCCAUCUCCUCCUCCUCCUCCUCUUCCUUCCCUUCUUCUUUUACUUCUUACUUAUCUUCUCCAUCUCCUCCUCCUCCUCCUCCUCC